AUGGCAGCGAGCACAGACGUGGCUGGGCUGGAGGAGAGCUUCCGCAAGUUUGCCAUCCAUGGUGACCCCAAGGCCAGUGGGCAAGAGAUGAAUGGCAAGAACUGGGCCAAGCUGUGCAAGGACUGCAAGGUGACUGAUGGAAAGACUGUCACAGGGACUGAUGUGGACAUCGUCUUCUCCAAAGUCAAAGGGAAGUCUGCUCGGGUCAUCAACUAUGAGGAGUUCAAGAAGGCCCUGGAAGAGCUGGCCAUCAAGCGAUUCAAGGGGAAGAGCAAGGAGGAGGCUUUCGAUGCCAUCUGCCAGCUGGUCGCCGGCAAGGAGCCAGCCAACGUGGGUGUCACUAAAGCAAAAACAGGGGGUGCUGUGGACCGGCUGACUGACACCAGCAAGUACACGGGCUCCCACAAGGAGCGCUUCGAUGAGAGCGGCAAGGGCAAGGGCAUCGCCGGGCGGCAGGACAUCCUGGAUGACAGUGGCUACGUGAGUGCCUACAAGCAUGCUGGCACCUACGACACUAAGGUGAAGAAGUGA